AUGAAACCAUAGCCGUAUCCAUAUAAAAAAAAUGGUCAAUGAUAGAUUAUCAUUUUUUUGGGUUUCCUCAAAAAGUCAACGAAAUUUGUCGAAAUUUCAACGAAGUUUGAAAUUUCCUGGCUUCAGUGGGUAAAGUAGGAAUCCUUCCAGGAAAACUCAACAAACAUUAUAACCUCCAACGAGAAACAAUCUCACUUCACCCUGAACCCUCUCGAAGCAAACAUAAACAAAGCACCUGAUGGAGACAAUUGAACCCCUCCCGAUGGACCAAGUACCCGUCCACCUGGAUCCAGAACUCCCCCUGGACAUUCAGCCCCUGGAGGUGGAAGUUGAAACUGAAAAAACCAAGUACAACUUCUCAAAUUCAAUGAAGUACCGGUGGAAGGGAAAAGUCGUCAGUGAAAAAUUCUACAACAGGAAGUUGAAGCAGGCAGCGGGGAAAAUCGUGAGGAGGAGUCAAACCACAAACUCCACUGUCCAACGGCCUCAAGACAUUUCUGUCAGUGCCAUAAAAAUAGAAGAAGAAUCCACUGUCAAGGAUUCUGAGGGUGGCUCGAACCACUCCAACGAGCAGAACGAGUCCGACAAUGUCCAGGAGGUGGAGUUCCCGGUGAAGGGGGAGAGAACAGUUGACCUGGGGUUCAUCGCAAAAAUGAUGAAGUGCACCAAGUGCCAGGGGGAUCUUCUCCUGAGGAACAUUAGGAGGGAGAUCAGGAGGAGGUACAGGUCCAUUCUUCAUGUCGAGUGUCAGGCGUGCAAGAUCAUUAACAAAGUCCCCACUAAGGGAUGAAUAUCGGGUAUUUAUGGAGGAACAUUUUUGAUAACUGCAGAUACAUGAGAGCAAAGACCUUGAGAGAUUAAAGAACCUGAUGACUUCAAACGUAAUAAUUAGCUUUUAUUGAUGUUGGAUUAAAUUGUGAACUGGCGAAAUGAAGGGAAUUCAAUUUUAAUUUCUUGAAAUUCUCUACAAGAAGUUUUUCACGAAAAUUUACCAUAAUCUUUCUUAAAUUCAGAUAUGACUGAUCUGAAAUUUUAUAAACCCCAAAAUUCCAUUUCAUGACUGAACUGAUUAAUCAUCGAUUAAUCACUGAGUUUGUCGGAUGAACAAAAUAUUAUCGAUAAGAAAAAUAUCUUGUAGAAUGAGAAAUCAUUCUAACGAAAUCAAGAUCAUUUAACUAUACUUGUGAAUAAAUAUUGUUGUAGAAAAUAAAAUAAAAAUAGUUUUGA